AUGCAUGAAUACAAAACAAAAGUGAUGUUUUCACGCAAUGCAUUUCUAGUAGACAAAGUGAAUACAAGUAAAGGUGCUGUUCUGAAACUGGAUUCCAUUGAAGGUGGAAAGUUAUGGAAAGGAAUUGAUGUUUUGAUAUUCAAUACUUGGCAUUGGUGGCUUCACACUGGAAGAAAACAACCAUGGAAUUUUAUCCAAGAGGGGAACAAUGUGUACCAAGACAUGGAUCGAUUGGUAGCAUAUGAGAAGGCUUUGAAUACUUGGGCUAAAUGGGUUGACACCAAUGUACAUCCUGCAAAAACCAUGGUCUUCUUCCAAGGAGUUUCACCCGAUCAUAACAAUGGAAGUGACUGGGGGGAGGACAAAGCAAGGUACUGCGAGGGGCAAAAGCAGCCAGUCUCAGGGCCAAAUUAUCCGGCGGGUCCCCACGCAGCAGAGCUCGUUGUAGAGAAAGUAUUGCGAGGUAUACAAAAGCCAGUGUACUUGCUUAACGUCACUGCCCUUUCACAGCUAAGAAAAGAUGGCCAUCCCUCCGUCUAUGGCCAUGGAGGCCCCAACGAUAUGGAUUGCAGCCAUUGGUGUCUACCUGCUGUUCCUGAUACUUGGAAUCAACUUCUAUAUGCACUUCUCCUUCAAUUUUAUAACUAA